AACCUAGUAACCGUCUCAUGCCAUGACGGAAAUAGACUGUGCUCGAAUGAAUACUUAUCCAUUUAAAAGGCUGGCUGUCGUAUCGGGUCACUAUUGGUCGGGUCAUUGUGUGAUUUAAUGUUUUGGCUUGCUUCGUUCCGAGAUAUAUUACGAGUCUAUUAAGAGCUGGGGUCUCGACUCACAGAUGUUGAAUGGCGAAGAGAAAGUACGAAGACGAUGUGGACGACGAUCGGGUUAAAAAAUACGCGAAGAAAUCUGUACAUUACGGCGAUGUAACCGUGUUUUACUUUCAGCGAGUUCAAAGCUUUAGCUGUAUUCCUUCUCUCGGGGGAGUCGCCCUCGGCUUGUCAUCAAGACAUAUAUACUCAGAACGAUGUAAGAUAGUCGACGAAUUCCCGACGUAUAAAAGGGAGCCUUUGCCGUCGAAAAUACGACAAAAGUUGCUGCGUUUGGCCGGGGUUAGGAAAUGGAAAAAACCCGAACUAAAAACAGCUCGCGAUAUAAGAAUAUCGCGGCUGAACUGUGGCUGUAGCUGUGGUGAAUAUUGCUUUCCACAAACAUGUAGUUGUUGUCUCAAUGGCAUUGGAUGCCAGGUCGACGAAGGAACGUUUCCCUGUAGCUGUCGCCCAAAUUGUUGUUUAAACUCUCAAGGAAGACACGAAUAUAGCGCUGUGAACAUUGCAAAGCACUGCACGGAGACCUUGGCCCGGGUUCGGACGAACAUUGAUAGUCUUGAUAGUUGAUAUCAACAUUUUGCCUGUGUAAUAAAUUAGCAUUUAUCAAUUUUUUAAGAUCGACUGUGCGUUGGCUACAGCGAAAUUUAGGAAAUUAUUCAAAAUACUAUAAAUAUUGGAGUAUAUUUAAAUUCAGGAAUUGUAUUUAGGAAUUGUGCACCAGUUGCAGUGAAAAUUGAAGCAUUUGAAGGGGGAAACUUUUAUAAAUAAAAGCAGCUGAAUGCAAAUUUAUGGUUUGUUGUAUUGUGAACUCUUUAAGCUCAUUGAAUAAGAAUUGCUUGCGGGGUUUUCCCUGGAAUGAAUACCAAACAUAUCAUGUGACCCAGUAGGUUACUUGCCCGCACGCGGGGUCUUCCGCUCUUCCAUGCGGGCUGUGGAGCCCGUUUUUAGUCGACUCGUCCACAGUCUCUCAGGUUCAGUCAAGGAGUGACAAGGACAUCAACCUUCUUUUCUCAGGCCAACUCAGAACCAAGAACGGCGUAUCUUCAUCAGCCGCAUUCUCAUUGGAGAGAGGCUUAUUACCUCCCGGAAAUAUUUCUAAUAAUACAGAUUUUCUAACCACACACUUUCGGCCG